AUGACAUUAAUGUUGUUGUUGUUUUUCCAAGGCAAGGCCUUUGAGAUAACAUAUGUCCGUUUGAAGUUCUACACCAGCCGACCAGAGAGCUUCGCCAUCUACAAGCGUACGGAGGAGAAUGGACCAUGGCAGCCAUACCAAUAUUACAGUGCUUCUUGUCGCAAGACGUACGAGAGGCACAAUAAGGGCUUCAUACGUCCAGGCGAGAAGGAAAGGACGGCACUCUGCACGGAUGAGUUUAGUGACAUCUCUCCACUUACCGGCGGAAAUGUUGCCUUCUCCACAUUGGAAGGACGACCCAGUGCCUACAACUUCGACCAGAGUGCUGUGUUACAGGACUGGGUGACGGCUACAGAUAUUCUCAUCUCUCUGGACAGAUUGAACACUUUUGGAGACGAGUUCUUCAAAGAUCCCAAAGUGCUUCGCUCAUAUUUUUAUGCCAUAUCUGAUUUCUCCGUAGGGGGCAGAUGCAAGUGUAACGGUCAUGCCAGUGACUGCAUGACCAAUGAGGAGGGUGGUUUGGUGUGUGCUUGUGAGCACAACACUGCAGGGGUCGACUGUCAGCACUGUGCUCCCUUCUACCAGGACCGGCCAUGGGCACGGGCCACAGCUGAUUCAGCCAACCAGUGUGUGAAGUGUAACUGCAGUGGUCUUGCUGAUGAAUGCAUGUUUGAUGCUGAGCAGUACCGCAGCACAGGAAGUGGGGGGCGCUGUGUUGGCUGCAGGGAAAACACAGCUGGCCCUCACUGUGAGCGAUGCAGAGAGAACUUCUUUAGAUCAUUACCGCAACAGCCCUGCCAAGACUGCAACUGUAAUGCAAUGGGCUCUGUGAGUUUGCAGUGUGAUGCAGAGGGAGUGUGUGUGUGUCGGCCAGGUGUGGCUGGUGUAAAGUGUGACAUUUGCAAGUCCGGCUUCCAUUCUCUCGGCCCUGAUGGAUGCAGGUUGUGCAAGUGUGAUGACAGGGGCAGUGAAGGAGUGUGUUCAGCUGAAGAUGGGCACUGCUAUUGCAAGAAUAAUGUUGAGGGCCAGUCCUGCAACAGGUGUAAACCAGGCUCCUUCAACCUCCAGCUGGAUAACCCAGAUGGCUGUAAGAAAUGUUUUUGCUUUGGACACUCCCUCGCCUGUUCAUCCUCCAAUCAGUACAUGGCUAUGAAUAUUACUUCAGACUUCCUAGAAGAUCCAGAUGGCUGGAAGGGUGUGUUCUCAGAAGGGCACGAACAAUCCCUCAUCUGGAAGGAGGGGGAAGUCUAUCUAUUGCCCUACAGAGAGGAGAAUGGCUUUUACAAAGCACCUGAUAAAUAUCUGGGGAACAUGUUGUUAAGUUACGGACGGACCCUUAGCGUGACAUUUACAGCUGAGCUGGAGGAACUCUUGCCCAGAAGUGUGACCGUGUUGCUGGGGGGCUCUGGAAUAUUGGUUUCUACUGAUUUGUACUCUAAACAGGAUCCUUAUUCCCCACUGGAGAAGACACCCAUCAACACCUUCACUCUCAGGUUAACAGAGAAGGACGUAAUUCCAUCUAUAGCCUCAUUUGAGUUUCUCCGAAUGCUUUACAAUCUAACUGCUCUACACAUCAGCAAUGCAGGGGGCCAGAACUACACCUCUCAACUCUCCAGGGUAACCCUUGAAUCUGCAGACCAGACAACCUACCAGCCUGAUGUGGUUCCACAUGCUCCAUGGGUGGAGGUGUGUACUUGUCCCACAGGAUUCACAGGGCUGUUCUGUGAACUCUGUGCUCCUGGAUUCACCAGGGAGACUCCUAAUGGUGGACCCUUCUCCCCAUGUAUACCUUGCAACUGCAAUCAACAUGGGACCUGCCAUCCUGAGACAGGUGUGUGUGACUGCACAGACUUCACCACCGGCCGUUAUUGUGAGCGUUGUGAAGAUGGUUACUAUGGCAAUGCACUGACUGACAGCUCAGGCGACUGCUUACCUUGUCCUUGUCCAGAUCGCACCACCUGCGCCCAGGUGACAGAGACGGGGGACGUGGUUUGUACCAACUGUCCGACAGGCCAAAGGGGUGUACGGUGUGAAUUGUGUGAAGAUGGUUACUAUGGAAACCCUCUGGGCUGGGGUGGCACAGUGCAACUGUGUGUGAUGUGCGAGUGUAAUGGGAACGUGGAUCCCAAUGCUGUGGGCGUGUGCGAUCACAUGACUGGACGCUGUCUGAAAUGCCUUGGACAUACGACUGGGGACCAUUGUGAAAAAUGCAGAUCAGGUUACUACGGCAACGCUUUGGCCAAGGACCUCAAUCCAGAGCGAAAGUGCAAACCUUGUGCCUGUAACAUGGCUGGGACAUCAGGUUCCCUGAAUGACUGCCAUCCGGACACAGGAAAUUGUGUUUGCCUGAGUCAUGUGACCGGAAGAGACUGUGGACAGUGCGAAUCUGGCUACUUCAACCUGCAGCCAGGCUUGGGCUGUGAGAUGUGCAACUGCAAUCCCAUUGGCUCCUCCUCUUCAGCAUGUCAUCCAGUCACAGGACAGUGCAUGUGUCGAACAGGUGUAUUGGGGGUGUCAUGUGACACUUGUCGAAUGGGAUUCUUCGGUUUCUCCUCUAGAGGCUGCAGAGCAUGUAAUUGUGACCCCAUGGGCUCAACCUCAAUGCAGUGCCAUGACAACGGUACGUGUUCUUGUCGCCAUGGGUUUGUCGGUUAUAAGUGUGACAAGUGUGAACUGAACUACUACCAGAACCGCCUGACCCACCAAUGUGAGGAGUGCCCUGUGUGCUACAGUCUCAUCAGAGACCAGGCCAGUAAACUGAAAGCCAGACUGCUGGAUUUGGAGACGCUGCUCAGUGGUUAUGACUGCAAUAGAUACAGUCGGCAGUAUCGUGGGCGCCAGCAGCACAGGCACCAACAUAAUGGCCUGGACAAUCAUAUACAGAAGGACCAGGUUGAAGACUAUCUGCCCAAUGCCUUGGAGGACCUCCUUGCUAUUCAAGAGGCUCGUGAGGCCUUCAUUAAGCAGUUCUCACAGCUGGAAACAUCUGCCCAGACCUUACAGCUGCAGCUGCGUAGCAUUGCAACAGCGCUAAACUGCAAUUUGACACACAGUGGAAGAGAAUCAGAGAAAGGAAAGACUAUAAAGGGUGAAAAUGAGUGUCAAGAGCUUGUUGACACUUUAUCCACUGCUCUGAAUAUGCAGGACCAGCUUCAGAAGAUGACUCUUGACCUUAACAGCAUGGUCAUCCCUUCUGUAAUCCCUAAAGAACCAAACAAAUGGAAUGCCAUAGUGAACGAAUCUGAGGUGCUAAUAACAAGUCACACAGACAUGGCAGCUUAUAUAGAGCAGACAGCAGGAGAUGCCUUUAAAAUGGCUAACAGAACCUAUUCACAGCUGAUAAUUCUACUAGAAGACAACUCCACAGAGUCUCAUGUACAGGAUCUCACAGAGAAGCUAGAGGAGAUGCAGCAGUUGAAGGAGAAUCUGACCCUUGGGGUUAAUGAGACUUUAGUGACUCACCUGUCACUUCAGAGGCACAACUCUGAGAUAGCCGCCAUUUUAGAGAACAUCACUGCUUCACUAUCAGAACUACGCACAACAGAAGGCGAUUUCAGCCUCACAGUGGAGGAGUUCAUUAUAACAUCUUUCUCACAGAUGUUUAAUCAAACAAAUGUCACAGCAACCCAGGAUCCAGGACUUACAGAGAGCCAGGACCUGAUGAACAGGACAACCGAGUUGGACGCUUCUGUUCAGUCAAAAGAGCAUAUGAUAAAUAUGACUAUAGAGGAAAUUCAGCCCCAGGUGGACAGUGCUGAAAAACACCUGAAAACUGUUCAAGAGCUCAAAGAGCUGACGGCUGUGGCUGAGGGAUUUAAGGUGUCAGCCGUCUCCUCUGUGGUGACAGGGAAAGAGGUUGAGGCGGAGUUCCUGUCUCUACAGAAGGUUCUGGAAGACAUGGAACAAGACUGGCCUCGGCUGCCUACACUCAGCAAAGGGUAUCUGAAGAGAGAGAAGUUGCUGAAAGAGAAGACCCUGGUGGAUGUGAAAAAAAAAGUCAAGCAGACGGAGAAAAUGAUCAAACCUGCAGUGGAAAACGCUACGGCUGCGAGCAGCACAGCUAAACAAGCAGAGGAGUCUGCAGAUGCAGUGGCUAAAGAUGCCAAAGCGUCUCUCACACAGGGGAAACGGGCAAAACAUGCAUCUGGACAGUUGCGUUCAGCUGUGGACAUCAGCGUGGAGCAGUUGACUGAGCUGGAAAGCCAAGCUGUGCAAAAACAGGAAACCAUGGAGGCAGAGGAGGACAUGCUUUCUUCACGGAGUGUGAUAGACAAAAUGGAGACAGCCAAGAAACAGCUAGAGUCCUUUACAAACACGCUAACUCUGCUCCUUAAACAACUGGAAGCUAAUGUGGUGCUGGAGAACUAUGAUCGUAUCCUGAAUGAGACAGCAUCCCGUCUUAAUGUUCUCCAGGCUGCUGUGGAGAGUCCGUCUCUCACCGGAAAGAUCCAGAUGCUUCGCACCGCUGCACACGAUCAAGAGAAACAGCUGCAAAAUCUUGAACAGAACCUGCAGGACAUACGAGAAGAAAGAGACAGUCUGACAGACAUCGCCCAGAACUUGCCCAAAACAUGCCCACAAAAAGGGCACUGAGCUGGUGGGAGGAAGAAGUCUAUCAGUUCUCUAGUCUUUGUUAGUCACCUCAGAAAAUCUGAAUCAAGGAAAGCUAUAGAAAAAAAGGGAACAAACCUCU